AUGUUGAGAAUACAUGCUGGUAAAGUCCAAUACGAUGAAGCUACACACAAAUGUACGCCAUUGCCUACCAAGGGAGUAAUUAUGAUGCGUCCUUCCAAGGAAGAAGUAGGGUUCUUCAAUUUUAAAUGGUCUCCAAGAUCGAGUACAAGUAACAUAGAAUCUGAUCGAUUAUUGAUCAUUCCUGGCGAUGUGACCUUCAAGCAUGUAAAAUCUUGUACAACUGGAAGAGUUGUAGCAUUGACUUUCUUGUCAUCAGGAGCAAAACAUCUUUACUGGCUACAAGAUGUGGGUGAAGGUACUGACGACGAGGAAGAAUUGAGCAAAUUGACUGAAAAGGAUAAAAAUCUUAUCAAUGGCAUCAAUGAGAUGAUCCUGAGUAACGAUGACGAAGAUGAGGAUGAGGAUGAGGAACAAACUGCAAAAGAGAGUGGGGAUUAUGAAAAUGGAAGUGACGAUAAGAGUCAACCUCAAAGAGAGAUAAGUACAGGAUCUGCACUUGGUUCCCAAUCUGGAGCGUCUGGUCCAUCACCAGCAGAAGAUGCUGCGACCGCUGCUUCAACAUUCCCAAUUCAUUCGAUAUCGGAUGUGCUUAGGCCGGAUGUGAUUGAGAGUCACCUUUCGAGACUCUCAGAAUCCCAAUUGAAAGAACUAUAUGCUGAUUAUUUGCCAGAGAAUACCAAUCCUACCAAAGAGGAAAUAACUGAAGUGAUCAAAAACGGAUUUUUCAGCGUGGCCUCUGAAAAGUUGAGUGAACAAUUGAGAGAGAGUAAUGGCACAGGGUAUUUAUUAGCCCAAACUUUAAAGUAUGAAUAUCAAGGCGAAGGAAUUGAGAAUUUUUUGAACGGUAUCAGAUCUGUUGGUAAGAAGGAUGGCAAGGAAGAAGGAGAGGAUGAAAAAAUGAAAGAAGAUUGA